UGCGUCAGGGUCGACGAUCGCGAGAGGCCAGUGUCCGAAACCGAUGGAAAUUGGCAACGAGAAGCGAAUUACAAGCAGAUACCAUGCAGCACUAUACAAGUUUCCUUCGGUGCUUCUUCAUCGAACUUUGCCUUCUCUGCACCACGCUUCUACUGCUUUUGCUGCAUGACUACUAUAGUCACCAGAACAAAUAUCACUCACAAACACUGAAGGCGACGGGCAGUACGACCAGCAAUAGCACCGGGAUCAAGGUACUGUUCUGGACCACAGCGCACGGUCUCUGGUACAGGCCGUUGAACAAGGCCGCACGAGGACUGGUACGCCUCGACGGCUGCAGCGUGCCAUGCUUCGUGACUCGGGACCGGUCCCUCAUACGAUCCGCGGACGCGAUCGUGUUCCACGACAGGGACGCGGACGCCAGUGACCUGCCCAGCUACCGCGACGAACGCCAGCGCUGGGUCUACUGGAACAUGGAGCCUCCACCGCAAAGCCAGUCAGACAGAAUGGCGAGACUCAGGGGCGUUUUCAACUGGACCUACACAUACCGGCACGACUCGGACGUCCACCACCCCUACUUCUCUUUUGUCAACCAGUCCGUGCAAGGCGGUACGGGGUCUCCGACGCGCCGGUCAGCAACCUCCGUGAAAACUAACCGGUCCAAGCUUGCCGUCUGGGUGGCCAGCAACUGUCACACCCAGAGCCACCGAGAAGACUUCGUCGCCGAACUCAGGAAGCACGUCGCCGUCGACGUGUACGGGCGUUGCGGCGACCUCGAGUGUCCCGGCGACCCGUGUCAGGCCAGCUUCGGCGAGACGUACUACUUCUACUUGGCGUUCGAGAACUCGCUGUGUCGCGAAUACGCGACGGAGAAGUUCCACGACGCCUUGCGCUUCAACUUGGUCCCCGUGGUGAUCGGGAACUACGCCGGUGUGCCGGUGCCUCCGAACUCGUACGUCGACGCGUUGCAGUUUCCCUCGCCGGCACAGCUGGCUUCGCACCUGAAGGCGGUGGCAGCGAACGCCACGCUGUACGAGCGGCACUUCGCUUGGAAGCGGACGCAGGCCGUGGUGAAAAACCGCUUCGACGACCACUGCGCCCUCUGCCGGGCGUUACGCAGGGCCAGUCCGGGAGGGCGCAAGUCGUACGCGGACAUCGUGCGAUGGUGGCACGGAGACAAUGGCUCUGUGUGCGCGCACGCAUAGAGUUUCCUACAAAAAUUUUUGUAGGAAACUCUAUGCGCGCGCCGAUCGAACGGGGCGACCUCUGGUGACGCCCGUGCCAACAAGCUGCUGGAACACUGACGCGGGUUGCGCGCGAGUCGCCGGUUCGAUCCUGCUGGCCCGCGGCGACCGCAUUUCGAUGCGAGCGAAAUGCAAAUGUUAUAUAUAAGGCGUGCGCCUGCUGUGACGUCGCACUGCCUACAGGAUCGGCCCUCGUUACAACCCAUAGAAAAUAUCUUGCGAUGACACAUAACGUGCACUGGGGCCAGGAUCGGCCCACCAAGUCGCCGCAUUUGAUUACACCACCUCCGGGAUCGGCGAAGCUUUUAUUACAUUUCCUCCGUAAUCGGCAUUGUUUGUUCGUCCAGGCAGACGUCCACGUAAAGUCUCGCGAAGAGUAAAGGAAGCCUACGCCUUCGAAGGGUCGGGGUUGUGGAAGCCCAACUAAUUGUGCAUUGAGGGAGGCACACGAAAUAAAUAGAUCAAGUUAUGGGAGUUUAUUUUAGCACGGUACAUCCCUUUGUACUAGAAGAAGCUCCUUGUAGCCAUCUCCUUUGUAACAGUUCGUAAUUCGUGCUAUCUAACGUUCGCGGCCUAAAUGAGGAGAGAGGGUGGUAACGACCAUGCCCCCCUCCUCUCCUGUUCACAGCACUUGCUAUUACAGCAAUUUUUUCUCUUUUUUUAGCGCGCUCUCGAGGCUGGCGUAUAUGUUUUUCUAGAAUUCCAAGAUCGAGGACCUCUAUUUAGAGCAAAAAAGAAAGCAAAACAUUAUUUCAUCAUCAUCAGCCUACAUUUAUGUGCUAUACAAGACAAAGACGGCUCCCAGCGAUUUCCAAUUCCUCGCGUUAUUUUUUUCUUCUUUAACCUAGGCAGGACAUUAGGCAGUAUAAUAGCAAAACCUUGGUGGCGCAACCCACUGCCCCGCUCCAAAGGGGACGCUCAUAACAUCCGUCCAUCCAACCAUAUACGAGCUCCGUUGAAAGCAGUGGGAAAAACUUUAAAGGUACGCCAAAGGCAAACGCUGAGUCGACAUGGACUGUCUAAAUACCAUUCCAGAAACCUCGCAAUGCUUGUUUCGUGCCAAGAAAAAUACUUACUUUACGAGAAAAUCGCAUCCGAAGGGUCCGAAUACCUUUUCUGAAAUUCAAAUUUCCCGCCACCCGACCGGGGAAGCAGUGACGUUGCGUACGCCAUCACCACCCUUUGCUGCCGUCGGUGAGUAAAACGGCGCACGACAGACGGCGGUACCGAGUCAAGACUGAGCAGUGGAUUCGCUGCUGCAGCUGCUUUUUUCGUCAAGUGGCGUAGACCGAUCGGGCAACCCGCGACAUUACACGGAAGUCGAGUUCUCUGCUACUCGCAGUUUGUGCGAGUUUCGCAAGCAAGCAAAACCAGCGCAGCACUGCGCGAUCAGUAAAAGUACUGAAACGCGAAAGCGUGGGCGGGGCAGAGUCGAGCGAAAAUGAAACCUUUCGACCGCCCGCGUCGUUCUUAACGGUAAUUUCAAUGAGUUCUUUUUUUCUGCAAAUGAUAUAUAACUGGGCAAGUAGCAUUUUAUUGGACCGUAUAAUACAAGGAUGUUUCUUGCAACGAGUAGUUGAGUACUAGGGAUAGAAUUUAGCUAAGGAGUGCUUUCGUCAUCCGGCAAAUGCUUGAAUGUGCCGGGUGAGUCUCUUACCAUGUCCUGCAUUUACCUCAAUUUAUUUAUUAUUAAGGCUCUGUUCACGAUAAUAUUAACGCCUUAGAGAUUCUCGAGCAGUAAUUUAUAGCUUUAGCUUGAUGAUUGCAGCCCGUCUCUCUCUCUCUAUCUCUCCAAUAAGCAAGUGGGAACCUUUCAAUUAGCGGUAAGCAUUCUAGGUAACCAUGCAGCAGUGGCUUUGGUCAGGUGGCGAUAUUAUUUAGGGACCAUUUUUUACAGCGGUUCCCCGAAAAAUUUCGCGUCCGUCUACAGAGAACCCAACCCAGGUGGGUAGAUACCGACUGCAGGGCCAGGAGCAGUGGCUCAUGCCCCCGUAAGGCAGAGGCGUGAAAAGCCGUCAAACCACGUGAUCGACCACGAGGUGCGCGCACAUACGCGUUGGUCAACGUACGUUGCUGCCAGUUUCUCGCUGGUGGUCGUUGUCGGAUACUUUAGCGCAGAGAUCCCAAAAACGGAAGCGGAGUAGUGGUUCACCCAAUACGUCGAAGUAGUUGGGCCUCUGUUACUUAAACAAUUAGAAUCAACCAACUACCGUACACGGGUCAUGCAUCGACUUAACUUUGGCCAAAAAAGUUUCUCGAAUAACAACGUAAGACGUCAGUGUUCAUCAUAGCAACCACAAAGAAGUUAUAA